GUCUUGAGUUAGAGCGCCGGCUUUGGGGACCCUGGACCAGUAUCAUGGAGACGGAGAGUGAGCAGAACUCUAACUCCACCAAUGGGAGCUCCAGCUCUGGGGGCAGCUCUCGGCCCCAGAUAGCUCAGAUGUCGCUGUAUGAACGGCAAGCAGUGCAGGCUCUGCAGGCACUGCAGCGGCAGCCCAACGCGGCUCAGUAUUUCCACCAGUUCAUGCUCCAGCAGCAGCUCAGCAAUGCCCAGCUGCAUAGCCUGGCCGCCGUCCAGCAGGCCACGAUCGCUGCCAGUCGGCAGGCCAGCUCCCCAAACAGCACCACACAGCAGCAGACUACCACCACCCAGGCCUCAAUCAAUCUGGCCACCACGUCGGCCGCCCAGCUCAUCAGCCGAUCGCAGAGUGUGAGCUCUCCCAGUGCUACCACUUUGACCCAAUCUGUGCUACUGGGGAACACCACCUCCCCACCUCUCAACCAGUCGCAGGCCCAGAUGUAUCUACGGCCACAGCUGGGAAACCUAUUGCAGGUAAACCGGACCCUGGGCCGGAAUGUGCCUCUAGCCUCCCAGCUCAUCCUGAUGCCUAACGGGGCGGUGGCUGCAGUCCAGCAGGAGGUGCCAUCGGCUCAGUCUCCGGGAGUCCAUGCAGAUGCAGAUCAGGUGCAGAAUUUGGCAGUGAGGAACCAACAGGCCUCGGCCCAAGGACCCCAAAUGCAAGGCUCUACUCAGAAGGCCGUUCCUCCUGGAGCCUCCCCUGUGUCUAGCCUCUCCCAGGCCUCUAGCCAGGCCCUCGCUGUGGCUCAGGCAUCCUCUGGGGCUUCAGGCCAGUCCCUGAACCUCAGUCAAGCUGGUGGAGGCAGCGGAAGUAGCAUCCCAGGGUCCAUGGGUCCAGGUGGAGGUGGCCAGGCACCUGGGGGCUUGGGUCAGUUGCCUUCCUCAGGAAUGGGUGGUGGUGGGAGCUGUCCCAGGAAGGGCACAGGAGUGGUGCAGCCCUUGCCUGCAGCCCAGACAGUGACUGUGAGUCAGGGAAGCCAGACGGAAGCAGAAAGUGCAGCGGCCAAGAAGGCAGAAGCAGAUGGGGCUGGUCAGCAGAACGUGGGCAUGAACCUGACACGGACAGCUACACCUGCUCCCAGCCAGACCCUUAUUAGCUCAGCCACCUACACGCAGAUCCAGCCCCACUCCCUGAUCCAGCAGCAGCAGCAGAUCCACCUCCAGCAGAAACAGGUGGUGAUCCAGCAGCAGAUCGCCAUCCACCACCAGCAGCAGUUCCAGCACCGCCAGUCCCAGCUCCUUCACACCGCCACGCACCUCCAGUUGGCCCAGCAGCAGCAGCAACAGCAGCAGCCGCCGCCGCCGCCCCCGCCGCCGCCGCCGCCGCCCAUCCCCAUCCAGUCCAAGCCGCCGGGAGCACCUAUCAAGCCGCCUCAGUUAGGGGCUGCGAAGAUGGCGGCCACCCAGCAACCACCACCCCAUAUCCCCGUGCAAGUCGUGGGCACCCGGCAGCCGGGGACAGCCCAGGCGCAGGCCCUGGGGUUGGCACAGCUGGCGGCCGCCGUACCUACUUCCCGGGGGAUGCCCAGCACAGCGCAGCCUGGUCAGGCCCACUUGGCCUCCUCGCCACCUUCGUCCCAGGCUCCUGGCGCGCCGCAAGAGUGCCCUCCCGCCUUGGCCUCCGGGAUGACCCUUGCUCCUGUGCAGGGGACGGCGCACGUGGUAAAGGGUGGGGCUACCACCUCCUCACCUGUCGUAGCCCAGGUACCUGCCGCCUUCUACAUGCAGUCCGUGCACCUGCCGAGCAAACCCCAGACGUUGGCUGUCAAACGGAAGGCAGAAUCUGAGGAGGAGAGAGACGAUGUCUCCACAUUGGGUUCAAUGCUUCCUGCCAAGGCAUCUCCAGCAGCAGAGAGCCCAAAGGCCCUGGAGGAGAAGAGCAGUCUUGGAGAGAAAGCUGAACCAGUGACCGGUGUGAAUGCUAAUACUCCAAGCAGUGAACUAGUAGCCUUGGCUCCUGCCCCGUCAGCACCCCCUCCUACGCUAGCCAUGGUGUCCAGACAGAUGGGUGACUCAAAACCCCCACAGGCCAUCGUGAAGCCCCAGAUUCUCACCCACAUCAUUGAAGGCUUCGUUAUCCAGGAAGGAGCAGAGCCUUUCCCGGUGGGUUGUUCUCAGUUACUGAAAGAGUCUGAGAAGCCGCUGCAGACCGGCCUCCCGACGGGGCUGAAUGAGAAUCAGUCAGGUGGCCCCUUGGGAGGGGACAGCCCAUCGGCUGAGCUGGAUAAGAAGGCGAAUCUCCUGAAGUGUGAGUACUGCGGGAAGUAUGCUCCCGCAGAGCAGUUUCGCGGCUCCAAGAGGUUCUGCUCCAUGACUUGCGCUAAGAGGUAUAACGUGAGCUGUAGUCACCAGUUCCGGCUGAAGAGGAAAAAAAUGAAAGAGUUCCAAGAAGCCAACUAUGCUCGUGUUCGUCGGCGUGGACCCCGCCGUAGCUCCUCCGACAUCGCCCGCGCCAAGAUCCAGGGCAAGCGCCACCGGGGUCAAGAGGACUCUAGCAGGGGUUCGGAUAAUUCCAGUUACGAUGAAGCACUCUCUCCGACAUCUCCUGGGCCUUUAUCUGUGAGAACUGGGCAUGGAGAACGUGACCUGGGGACCCCCAAUACGGUACCACCGACACCAGAAUUACAUGGCAUCAACCCUGUGUUCCUGUCCAGCAACCCGAGCCGCUGGAGCGUAGAAGAGGUGUAUGAGUUCAUCGCUUCUCUACAAGGCUGCCAAGAGAUUGCAGAGGAGUUCCGUUCCCAGGAGAUUGAUGGACAGGCCCUUUUAUUACUUAAAGAGGAACAUCUCAUGAGUGCCAUGAACAUCAAGUUGGGCCCUGCCCUCAAGAUCUGCGCCAAGAUAAACGUCCUCAAGGAGACCUAAGGUGGCCCUCUCGCACACACGAGCCGAAGGCGGACACUCUCCACUGUCCAGGUUAUAACCUGGUAGCAGCAGACUUUACAGGGAAGAAAGAGCUGUUCCAAUUACGUGAAUCUUCUGGAGAGGGGAUUACCGAGACAGGGAAGAAAAGUGCAAGAAUUGGUUGCUGGUGCUACAUGGCGGCAGCUGUGACAUUUUCUCCGGGUUCUACCUUCAUUUUUAAAAGUUACGGUUCUCGCUUUUCUCACUUCCCCUGAUCCAAUCUUUAUAAAAAGAGGCAGUCUAGAGAAGUAGGACUGCUCCGCCUUAUCCUGGAGUGGAGCACAUAGCCAGGGCCUCAGCUCUCCGGGAGGAGGAACAGACCGUGUGGAACCGUUAAGGAAGUGGGUGGAACGCGGGUGCGCCUCCGCAGCGGGAGAGCGAGGUGGGGUUUUUCUAGCUGGCGUGACACGAGCGGCCAAAUCUGGCGGCCCCUCUUCCCUCUGGACCGCCUGGCCGUGGCCCGGGGUCUUUGUCGUCGCUCCCUCGGUACUGAACGUUUUCUCCUGCGUUCCUGGCAGGGUCACCAGCCCGCGCAGAGACUCGGUCGGCGUCAUUCUGACCCGCUGCAGGGGCUAAAAGGUGUUGGGCACGCGUGUGGCCGUCAUUCGUUCCGCAUCCCCGUGCUCCCUUCAGUCUGUGUGUCUUCUACCCUCCCUUUCUUUUCAGUUCCAACUCUGCUCUGUCCUAUAGCUUUAUUCAAACAGGAGUGUGUGGGGCUGAGGUCAGGAGUGUAAGUACCUGCCUUAGGCGCUAUUCCUUAUACAACAAAAAUAUUAAAUAUUUUUUUCCUCCUCAGUAAAAGGAUAAAAAUUGG